UAGCGUCUCAUCUCAACAAGCUGAAACUGAUAAACCUGAACGAAAAGUGGCUGCGCUGAGCGUUUGCAAUGGACUGAAAACUGCCGAUUCGGGUUAAAGGACUGCAAUGGUCGCGGCCGCGUGUCGACUGCAGACGUUGGCGUGUGUACUUGUGGAGGAGGCCUUUCGGAGGGCAGCAGGUGGAGGAUCCUAACCCUAACCACGUCACCCCGUCACCAUCAGUCGCACUCGAAUAUGUUCAUUCUCAUGUUUAAAAUGUUUCUGCCGCUCAUCAUUAACGUGGUGAUGUCCUUCGGGGCUUAUCACUUUACCGUCAGGAUCAUUCCUCGGCUCAAGGACAUGUUCCUGAAAGCCAAUUUAUUUGGUAUUGACUUGAACAAGCAGACGAAGGAUAAAGUUCCGGAGGCUCUUGGAGUAGUUACUGGUUCCAUUUUCUUGGUGACGAUGUUUCUCUUCAUACCCCUCCCAUUUAGCCGUUCCUUGUUUACAAAUGACGACUUCCCUCACGAUGAGCUCGUAAAGCUGAUGGCUGCACUUCUCUCCAUCUGCUGUAUGCUCUUGCUGGGCUUUGCUGACGACGUCCUCGAUCUGAGAUGGCGGCACAAACUGCUUCUUCCCACUGUGGCUUCCUUACCAUUGCUCAUGGUAUACUAUGUCACUUUCAAUGCUACAACAAUAAUUGUGCCAAAGCCGUUGAGGUCCUGGAUUGGAUUUUCAUUAAAUCUUGGACCCCUAUAUUACAUUUACAUGGGAAUGUUGGCUGUAUUUUGCACCAAUGCGAUAAACAUCUUGGCUGGUGUGAAUGGACUGGAAGUAGGACAAUCAGUUGUCAUUGCAUCAUCAAUUGCUUUGUUCAAUCUCAUAGAAUUGAGUGGGACUUUGUGGCAGGCCCAUGUGUUUUCUCUUUAUUUCUUAUUCCCUUAUAUUGCGACUUCACUUGGACUACUGAAGUACAAUUGGUACCCAUCACGUGUCUUUGUUGGGGAUACUUUCUGUUAUUUUUCUGGUAUGACUUUUGCUGUAGUGGGCAUUUUAGGACACUUCAGCAAGACAAUGCUACUUUUCUUCAUACCUCAAGUUUUCAACUUCUUGUAUUCAGUUCCCCAGCUAUUCCAUUUAGUGCCAUGUCCCCGCCAUCGCAUGCCAAGGUUGAACCUUGCUACAAACAAGCUGGAACCAAGUGUAACCCUAUUUAAACAAUCUGAUCUAAAAAAACCAAUGCUAUUGGCUCUUCGUUUCUUGGGAAAAUUAGGCCUUAUUCGUUGGCGUGACACUGUGACACCACAUCCAGAUAGCUGUGGUAGAGGAGACCCGGAUGAUCGUAUGGUUGAGUGUAACAACCUUACACUUAUCAACCUUGUGCUCAUCUUGCUUGGACCAAUGAAUGAAGCCAAGCUUACAACUGUUCUUAUUACCAUUCAGGUAAUUUGUAGUGCAUUAGCAUUUGCCAUCCGCUACCCUCUAGCUUCCCUGUUUUAUGAUGUCCCUGGCCCACAAGUUAUUUGAGGGACUUUCUUUCUGAGGAUGGAGCUUAAUCUGUGAUCUUGAGCGAGAUUCUUCAGCAUCGAUUUGGUGUAAGACCGAGUUUCGAGACUACCCUCCAUCAAAAGACGAGCACUUGUCAGCAGCAUGAGAUCUCUUGUUUCUCGUGGUUGUGACAUAAUUCGUUCCACUCCAAUCUUUUCAACUAGUCGGGCCAAAAGUCUAGCACCUGCUGCUCUUACGACUGCAUUUUGAUGCCUGUAAAUGUACAAAGAGGUGAUCACAUUUAGUGUUUAACUUAUCUUAAAGCUACUGUUUAUGAAUUUCUAAAAUUCUGUGAUUUAUGAGUGGCUCAUGGUGAAUAUGGACACCACAGUUGCCUCUAGCCAAAGGAUUAGAUCUAAGCAAUCUUGUUGUAGUACUAUCUGGUAUCUUUAAAGUCAACUGUCAAAGUUAUAUUGUUUUUUUGUAGUGUAUUUGUCUUAUUGUUUCAUAAUUUAGAGAGAGUACUUUAGACAUAGUCAAUGUGAUAAACUAACAACAGUUUUCAUAACCUGUGUACAAUUUUAUGCAGAUAAUUCUUGUGUAAUAUCACUAAAUCCUGACAGCUAUUAUGGGGCCAAACAAUAAUUGUUCAUGACAUAAAAUGCUGAAAGGUGUGAGAACUAGUGUAAAUGUUAUAACUACUCUGUAGAUGUAAGGAGCCUGUUUACAUUCUAUUUUUUUUUUUCUCUUACCAGAUUUUUAUUUCGGAUCAUGUUUACUGAUAAGAUUAACUUAAUGCCCACCCUCCCUGUUCUUUGGUUGGCAUUUAGUUGAUUUAUAAAAAGAGCAUUACUUAUAUCAUAUUUUUGUACUGUUUUGUUAUUAUUAAAAAUAAUUGCUUAUUUUGAUAGUCAACAGCACUAUCUCUGAAAGAUGUAGUAAAGCAUCAAUUUUUAACUACUAGUUGAUUCACCUAGGAUUUUAUGCAAAAAAUUGAUUACUUUUGUUUUGUCUUGGUUAUUGCUGUACUGUGUUCUUGUUUGUCCUGUUACUACAGAAAAUACUAUAUGAGAAAGAAAAGAAAAA